AUGAAGUCUUAGACUAAAAAAGUUAAACUUUUGAUAUUAGGAGAAUCUUCUGUAGGGAAAACUGCUCUAUUAAAUAGAUUUGCUCAAAAUGAAUUUAUACCAACAAGCUCAUCAACAGGAAUGGAUUAUGCAAUUAAAAUGAUAGAAAUUGAUAAUAAAAAAGUUUAACUAUCUGUCUGGGAUACAGCAGGUUAAGAAAGAUAUAGAAGCAUCACAUUUAAUCUUUACAAAGACUCAUAGGGAAUUCUUUUAGUUUUUGAUUUAACUAACGCAAAAACAUUUUAAACUUUAGAAAAAUGGAUGUAGCUCAUUAAAGCUAAUAUAAAUGAAGGCUUUUAAAUUGCCUUAAUAGGAACGAAAUGUGAUUUAACAGAUUAAAUUGUAGUAAAUAGGGAUAUGAUCAAUGAAUUUUUAGAUAAAUAUGAUUUUUAGUUUGAAUAUUUUGAAACAAGCUCUCUUACAAAUAUAAAUAUAAGUGAAUGCUUUAUUCAUCUUGCAACAAAGGUUUUUAGAGCAAAUGAGGAGUUGUAUUUAACUUUGAUUGCUUAAGGAAUAGAUCCAGAAGGUAAUACAGCCUCAAUCCUAUUAAAUGGUAAUUAACAUAAUAAAAAAAAGAAUAAAGAAAAAGAUAAAAAAUGUUGUGAAUGA